AUGAGUUGUGUAGCUAGUUAUGCUGACUAUGAAUACGUCGAUCCAUCCAAAUCACACUUCUUAGCCACAGGCAAAGUUCAAUGCAAUUCACUUUGUUAUGAAGCAUUAGUUACCGUACCAAUGCUUUGUCCUGACCAAAAGUAUCCAUGUGCAAUUAAUUCAGGCACGACUCCUCAUUACAACAGACGAACUAAUAUUUCACGGCAUGCUUCGCGAAACUACAGCAAAGAGAUUCCGAUUUUCAAUGGACCCCAACACGAAUCAAGCUUUGAUUUAAAUUCAGUUUUUCAUUCCUUGCAUCACACUAGUAAUCCCCAGAGUGUCCUGUUCAAUGUCAGGAAACUCAUUUCUAUCAAUGGUCUCAAGGAGAUACUUAUCACACAGCUUGGUGCUGUUGACGCCUUUACCGCAAAGUAUACAAAGACGCGCGAUCUUAUUGCCGAAGUUCUAUUUGUGGAUCCUGCCAUUCGACUCAAAGCCAUUAAGCUUGGCAUUACUGUUCAGAAUACACCAAUACCUGCACUUCCUGUGUUCGGCUCAGGGAGCCCGCUUAUGAAGAUAGAUAUGUUUGGUAUUCCAAACUGCCACCCUGAGACUGAUCUUAAGGACUCAUUGAUUGAGGCCAUAGCACCCUUUGGAAAAGUAGUCUAUAUUUGCGUAUACCGUGAUCAGUACGAAAUAUUUUGUGGAAGGGCAUCAGCAUAUUUGGACACUUCCGCUUUACAAACCCCUCCGCCCUUGCGCCGCUUCAUUGAUCUCGGGAAACCAUUUGGUGCAUCUAUUGAGCUACAUGCUAAGGAAUUACCUAUUUUUUGCCGGUAUUGCAAAAAGGAUGGCCAUACAGUUUCAGAAUGUAUUCGUCUCCAGAACAAGCUUACCAAAGACCAGCUGGUUAAAAAGACUAGCCAGAAUAAAGAAUAUGAUACAUCCCCAUCUUAUCCACUUGCAAAAGAAGUUGAAACAACAUUGACAGAGAAUAUAACCAAUUCUAUUAAGGACAGAAAGAGCAAUGCCGACAUUACAACGGCCGAAGAAGAUAUGAUCAAAAUGAAAGGGGCGUUUGAUAAAAAGAUAUCCAGCAUGAAAGCUGCUGAGCCUACUCUAGAACCGAUUAUCACUACAAUGCCUGCAAACCAUAGAAGAGACAAUGAUUUGGACUUACUGGAAGUUCAGAUUGCAGAACUGAUAAACUCCAAUAGAAAUGUUCCCCAAGCGCCUUUAAAGCAGGACCUACAGUUUCUGAAACAUAGCCAUCCCUCUAGUUAUGAAUAUCCUGGCUUUUCUCAUGGAUGCCAAGAUUACAUUGAGUCUAGAAUUGGAUUAGAUAUUCCCGAUAUUUGCGAAAAAAAAUGUUGCACCAAAGAUUUUUGUGAACCAUCAGAGGCCAAUCCGUAUUUUCAGAAGAACAACCAUGAAAUGAGCAUUUGAAACUCUUUCGCUUGAUUAUCGUCUCCAGAAACUCGUUUAAACUAUCUAUAUUUCUAGCCUAUUUUAACUUUAUACAAUUUACCAGCCAAAAACACUAUAUAAUUCUUAAUUACCUUGAACCCUUGCUUACCUAAAAUUACUUUAUAUUAUUUUGUAUUACUCUUAUCACUUAUUAUUUAUCGUGUAUUAUUCGAUAGUCCUAAAGACCACCUUCAUGAAGAUUUUUUUUAUUUAUUUUAUUUUAUUUUAUUUUUAAAAAAGAUAAAUAAAUUUAAAGAUUUUGUUUUAUUCCUUUGUUUUCCUUUUAAUGGUUCUAAUUGCAGAAUUUUUCUUUUUUAGCUCUAGUCUUCAAAUAAACAGCCAAAAAGCAUCAUUUUGUUAAAU